CAUACUCCAUUGUGUCCCAUCCGCAUCGUUCGCCAGUCUUCUACCUGAAAGUUGAAACCCUAGAAAUCCGAAUCGUCUCGUCGCUACCCAUGUCGCACUUCGGGAGAUCAGGGCCGCCGGACAUCAAGGACACCUACUCCCUCCUCGUUCUCAACAUCAGCUUCCGUACCACUGCCGAUGAUCUCUUUCCUCUCUUUGAUCGGUACGGGAAAGUCGUUGACGUGUUCAUUCCAAGGGACCGGAGGACUGGAGAUUCACGAGGGUUUGCUUUUGUGAGGUAUAAGUAUGCUGAUGAGGCUCAGAAGGCUGUCGAUAGACUUGAUGGGAGGAAUGUGGAUGGUCGGAAUAUUAUGGUUCAGUUUGCAAAAUAUGGACCAAAUGCUGAGCGUAUACAUAAAGGAAAAAUUAUGGAAGCAGUUCCAAAGACAAGAGGAAGGUCAAGAAGUCGUAGCCCUCGGCCUAGAUAUAGAGACAGUCACCGAGAUAGAGAGUAUAGGAGGCGCAGCCGCAGCCGCAGCCGCAGUCGCAGUCGAAGCAAAGGUAGGUAUGAGAGUGAUAGGAACAAUGACAAUGAGAAAGAUUACCGCCGCCGAAGCCGAAGUCGCAGUGUAAGUCCUGAUUAUUACAGAGGCCGUGGUAGAGAUGGUCGGCGGAGCAGGAGUGUCUCUUAUGAUAGUGCUUCCCCAAGGAAGCAAAGUCGUAGCCCUGAAAGGAGUCCAUCACCCCGUCGCAGCCCUCCUUCUAGCCCUGAGAAAGGGAAACGUGAUGCAACAUCUCCGCCUUCAAAAAGUGUUUCACCUGCAGGCCGCCGUGCAGAUUCCCGGAGUCCAUCACCUCGCAGCUCAAAUGAGAAUUGAUGUGCCGCGUAGACCUUGAAGAAUGCUUAUCAUGGAUAUCGUCUUACUCUGAGUCCACUGGACUUCUAUUAAGGUUACCUGUCGUAUCUUUAUCAGAUUCCCUUAGUUUAAAAAUGUAGUUAGCAGUGUUAAACUGGUUCUGGGACUUGCAGCUUCAAUUCUGGACUGUUUUAUGUUCUUGUGCAACUUGAUUCUCUGUUUUCUUCCUCUUUUUUAUUUUCUUCUUUUGAACCUGUUCACUCGUUGUCAUCACGACUCAUAAUGGACUCCGUUGUGUAUUUUCUA